AUGCAGUACACUCUAGUUCUAUUCUGGCUACCUCUUAGCCUUGCCUUGCAUCUCCCCCAGGCGUUUCACAAGCAAAUCCGUAGUAGCAAAACACCAGCCAAUGAAUUCACAGCAGAAGAAAUCAUCGGUCUUUUAGACAUGCAAUCAUCUGACGAAGGGGGUUAUUUCUACGAAACUUUUAGGGACCCCAACGUCAUACCAGGCACGAACCGAUCUAUCAGCACGGCCAUUUAUUACCUUCUGCAAGGCUGUACAGGCCAAUCACUCUGGCAUAAACUCGAUGCCGCCGAGGUCUGGCACUAUUACGCUGGUGCACAUCUAGUUUUGUCCGUCUCUUACAACAACGGAUCUUGUGGCAAAGACUACAUUAUGGGAGCGGAUCUUUUUGAAGGACAGAGGCCCCAGGCAAUUGUUGCGAGGGAUGAGUGGCAGAGUGCGAGAAGCUUGGGUGAAUGGACGCUUGUGGGUACCACAGUCGCACCAGGGUUUGAUCCUAGCACAGAGAUUAUCAAACCGAAAGGCUGGAAGCCAAAUGCAUGCAAGCCGACCCAUUGA